AUGAUGUUGAAACGUGCAAAGUUCAAUUCUUGUAUUGCUGGCGCUUAAUGGCAACCCUUCGGACACUUUCCCGCCAUGAAUCCCACUUAUGCAUCACUUUUUCAGUCAAGGACUGCAGUACCUUAAUCUACACAUACAUCCCAAAAAAUUUAGUUUACUACAUGCACCCGUGUCUACUAACCCCACGAUUUCCAGUUUAAAAGACAAUAAUCUACAUACCUCGUCGGUAUCAAGGGACUCCAAGUCUGUUUCCUCCCACCAUUCUGUCGUGUAUAACUGCGGAGAAGCUGUAUGAAGAGCUGAGCUGCUUGUUCCUGAUUCCCACUCGCUCCUGCCACGUCCUGGAAAGAAGCGAGAUCAGACUUCUUCUCUCGACAGCAACACGGGAGCCACAUCAUAUAGCUCCGCCUUAGGGACAGCCAAGCAUAGGUUAUCCAUCCUUGGUUCAAACCAAUAACUGCAACUUGGUGACGUGGAGGCACAUAUGGCUUUGUUAGUAUCUACUAACAAAUAUACCUUGUUUGGAAGUUGUGAUUCUUCAAAUUGAUGUAUUGGGACUAGGCCUGUCGGUUUGGUUCGGUUCGGGUAACCGAACCCGAAACCCGCAAAAAUCGAACCCGGGUCACACAACCCAAAACCGAACCCGAAAAUGUCCUUUGUGGGUUUCGGGUACUGGAACCCGAAAAUUAGCCUGGCGGGUUCGGUUCAGUUUUUUCGGUUUCGUUUGAAACCUCGGAAGUCUCGCCGCUCCGGUCACUUCUCAGAACUCGGAGAAGAGGAAGCCGACGGUCAUGGAGUGGUCGUCGCCGUCGUCACCGGCAGUCGAACCAAUCAACUUCGGGAGAUCACUCAUCGUGCCCAGUGUUCAAGAACUCGGAGAAGAGGAAGCCGACGGUCAUGGGGUCGCCGUCGCCGUCGUCACCGGCAGUCGAACCAGUCAACUUCGGGAGAUCACUCAUCGUGCCCAGUCUUCAAGAACUGGCAAAGGAAUGCAAUAAAAAGCUUCCUCCGAGGAACGAAAGGCCCCAGAUCGAACCCCUCGUCUUCUCCGGUGACCUAGAUUGGACGGUUCCAGUUAUUGAUCUUUAAAAACUUGCUUCCGACGAUGAAAGGUCAAUGGAUUUCGAGUCUGAGUUGGGGAAUCUACACUCUGCUUGCAAAGAUUGGGGAUUCUUCCAGGUAAACACCACAAUCGAAUCUACAUUCUACACCCUCCAAGUUUUGUCCGUGUAGAUGUAGUUUUGCUUGCUCGAACUGAAUAAUUUAAGCAUCAUUCGGUUUUUCGGGUUCCCUCUGGGUUUCGGGUUUAUUAAACCGAAACCAACAUGUAAAAUCUCGGGUUGAAACCGAAAAAACCGAACCCGCAGACAUUGAUGGCGGUUCGGGUUCGGGUUAAACCGAAAACCUGAAACCAUUUUGACAGCUCUAAUUGGGACAAUUAGUGUAUUAUCAUUUGAUAAAUUGAAUCAAUUGAUGUAUUAGGUAAAUAUCUUGUUUGAGGUUUAUAUUGUGUUUUUGUUCCAAAGGUAAAAAAGUUAGUAUUGAGUGAUUGUGAUGGGGCAUCCAAAAAGUAAAUACAUAUAUUCUAGUUCUAUAUCAACCAAAAAAACGACUUAAUAUCACAAAUACAUAAAUUAGAUCAAU